AUGACUUUUGAAGAGUUUUCUUUGAAGUUGAAAAAGCGACAAACUUUCUCUGAGCGCCAUUUGGGUUCUGGGAGAGAAAAAGAUUUUGAUUCAUGCGCUGAAGUAGUUGAUCAAAAACGUUCAGACAAGGAAUUGGGAAAAGAGCACGAGGAAAACUUAUAUCCGAAGGGUUCUGGGAGAGAAAAAGAUUUUGAUUCAUGCGCCGAAGUAGUUGAUCAAGUUCGUUUUCACGGUCCAUAUACCCUACCGAAUAAUCAAUGA